AAGUGAUUUUAUUUAGAGCAGUUGCAAACAACCCUAAUUUCAAUUAGACUCCCGCGUCACUCACACUCACCCCUGUUUCCGGCACCGUUGCUCCUCCUUUCCGCCGCCGCCGCCGCCGCUGUCAACAUGAAAAACCUCAAGUUUUCAUGCGAGGUUCGGUCGGAGGUGCAGUUACGGAAGGAGAAGGGGGAGGAAUCCCUACGGCUGUCCGCCGUCGACAUCGAGCGCAGCCGCCUCUUCUUCGCUUCCACCUCCAACUUCAUCUACACCACUCAACUUAUUACUUCACAUCAGACUGAAGGAGCAUGGAAUAAGAGCUCGUUGGCUGCUUCCACUCAGCUGGAUUUGGAAACUGGAGACUUUAUCACUUGUUUGGAUUAUCUCAUGGAAAAGGAAGCUUUGAUAAUUGGAACCUCAAGAGGACAUCUCUUACUGUAUUCAGUUGAUGAUGAUGCAACUGAAAUUGUAGGCCAGGUGGAAGGUGGAGUUGCGUGCAUUUCACCCAGUCCAGAUGGAGAUUUACUUGCUAUACUCACUGGUUUCGGGCAGAUCCUAGUUAUGAAUCUUGAUUGGGAUCUAUUAUACGAGAUGCCUCUUGAUGAUUUGCCCGAAGGUGUUGACGUACCAGAUGGAUCAUCAUUUUCCAUUGAUUGUUUGCAUGAGGCCUCGAUUUCAUGGAGAGGUGACGGGAAGUUUUUUGCUUCUCUGAGCAAGGCCCAUGAUUCCUUGUCUUUGCUCAAGAAACUCAAAGUCUGGGACCGUGAUUCUGGGGUACUCCACUCCGUCUCAGAUCCAAAGCCAUUCAUGGGGUCUGUUAUUGACUGGAAUCAGAUUGGAGCUAAAAUUGCCACCGUAUACAAUCACAAGGAAGAAAAGAAAUGUCCAUCUAUAGUUCUGUAUGAAAAAAAUGGUCUAGAGAGGAACUCAUUCAGUAUCAAUGAUGAAAUAGAUGUGACCGUAGAAUUUCUUAAGUUUAAUUGCAAUUCAGAUCUUCUUGCGGCUAUUGUCAGAGGUGAUUCAGUUGAUACCCUAAAGAUAUGGCACUUUAGUAAUAACCGCUGGUAUAUGAAGCAAGAGAUCAGAUUUUCCAAGGAAGAUGGAAUAAAGUUUAUGUGGGACAUGACAAACCCACUAAAGUUGCUUUGUUGGACUCUUGAUGGCAGAAUCAUAACUUGCAAGUUUGUCUGGGUUACAGCUGUGUUGGGAAACUCAGUAGCAUUUGUCAUUGAUGGUUCAAAAGUUCUGGUGACUCCAUUUUCUUUGUGCUUGAUGCCACCUCCUAUGUACUUUUUUGACUUAGAAUUUCCCUGUGCCGUUAGGGAUGUAACUUUCUGUUCAAGAACUUCGCAAAAUCGUCUGGCUGCAUCUCUAUCAGAUGGAAGCUUGUGCAUUGUGGAGCUUCCUUUGCUUGAUGAAUGGGAUGAGCUGGAAGGCCAGACAUUCAGAGUUGAGGCUACAUAUUCUGGUAUAAACUUUGAGCCUUUGCUACAUCUUGUUUGGUUAGAUUCCCAUGCGCUUCUUGGUGUUUCUUGCUUAGAUUCCGAUCACAGUAAUUUUAGUAAGAAAAACUUCCUAGAUGGGGAUGUUCGUCCAGGAUAUUACCUGCAGGGAAUCGAGAUAAGGUGCUCAGAAGAUCGCAUUCCUGGUUCUGUGACAUGCUCAGGAUGGCAAGCAGAAACUCUGCAUCAUAUCUAUCUUGAAGGGGUUGUUGUUGGUAUAGUGUCUAAUCCUCUUGUUAGAUGCUCUGCAUUUGUUCAGUUUGAAGGUGGAAAAACAUUUGAGUAUUCGUCAAAGUUGGGUCUGAACAGAGGGGUCAGCCUUCAGAGACGCGAUGAGAUGGAUUUCCUGUCAUCCUGUCCAUGGAUUGAUGUUGCCCCAGUUGGAGGCUAUACGCGAGAGAAACCAUUGCUUUUAGGACUUGAUGAUAAUGGAAGACUGCAUCUUGAAGGAAAAAUAUUGUGCAACAACUGCAGUAGCUUUUCAUUUUACUCAAAUUCAGGUGAUGGGAUGAUAACACAUGUGGUGAUUUCCACUAAACAAGAUUUACUAUUUGUUGUUGAUGUUGGUGAUAUUGUGCGUGGGGAACUGGAAAAGAAUUACGAGAAUUUCCUUCCUGUUGUAGCAAAAAAUGGAAAAGGACAAGAUGAAAGCAUUUUCAUUAACAUAUGGGAAAAAGGAUCCCAAAUUGUGGGUGUUCUCCAUGGUGAUGAGUCUGCUGUGAUCUUACAAACUCCUCGAGGAAAUCUUGAAUGUGUGUAUCCCAGGAAAUUAGUUCUUGUUUCAAUCAUCAAUGCGUUGGCUAAUAGGCGGUUUAGAGAUGCCUUGCACAUGGUAAGAAGGCACAGGAUUGAUUUUAAUAUCAUUGUUGAUCAUUGUGGCUGGCAAGAAUUUAUUGGGUUAGCUGCAGACUUUGUUCUACAGGUUGGCAACCUGAAUUAUGUUACUGAGUUUGUUUGUGCCAUCAAAGGUGAAGAUGUUAUGGAGACACUUUAUAAAAAUUAUACAUCCUUACCGUGCAUUAAGGGGGAUAAAGGUUUUAGAUAUGGUCAACCAAAGAGUACAAAUGGUGAUAAUAAAGUGUCGUCUGUUUUAAUGGCCAUAAGGAAUGCCCUUGAGGAUCAAAUUGAGGAAACUCCAGCAAGAGAGCUUUGCAUUCUGACCACUUUGGCUAGAAUUACUCCCCCAGCUCUGGAGGAUGCUUUGAGGAGAAUAAAAGUUAUCCGACAACUGGAGCUUUCGGCAGCUACAGAUCCAAAGCGACUGUCUUAUCCCUCAUCGGAGGAAUCCUUGAAGCACUUGUUAUGGCUUUCUGAGUCUGAGGCAGUUUUUGAAGCUGCUUUGGGCCUUUAUGAUUUGAAUCUUGCAGCUAUUGUUGCGUUAAAUUCACAAAAGGAUCCAAAAGAAUUUUUGCCUCUUCUACAAGAAUUGGAACGCAUGCCUCAACUUUUGAUGCAAUACAACAUUGACCUUAAAUUACAAAGGUAUGAAAGUGCUUUGAGGCACAUUGUUUCUGCUGGGGACGCUUAUUAUGAAGAUUCCAUGAAACUAAUGAGUAAAGUCCCGGAGCUUUAUCCAAUGGGACUUAGCUUGAUUGUGGAUCCUGACAAGAGACAGCAGGUGCUUGAAGCAUGGGGAGAUCAUCUUAAUGCCACAAAAUGCUUUGAGGAUGCUGCUACCACAUAUUUGUGUUGCUCCUGUCUGGAAAAGGCAUUGAAGGCGUAUCGUGCUGGGGGCAAUUGGACAGGAGUUCUGACUGUGGCUGGCCUUAUGAAGCUUGGAGAGGAUGAUCUUUUGCAGUUGGCAAGUGAGCUAAGUGAGGAACUUCAAGCACUUGGCAAACCCAGGGAUGCUGCAAAAAUACUCUUGGACUAUUGCUGUGAUGUUUAUAAUGGUGUUGGCCUCUUGGUGGAUGCAAGGAGUUGGGAAGAGGCUCUGAGGAUUGCUUUCUUGCACAGAAGAGACGAUCUAAUUAAAGUAGUGAAGGAUGCCUCUCUGGAGUGCGCAAGCGUGCUGAUCGGAGAAUACAAUGAAGGGGUGGAGAAAGUUGGCAAGUACUUGACCCGUUACCUAGCAGUUCGCCAGAGAAGAUUAUUACUUGCUGCAACGAUUAAAUCUGAGGAGAGAUCUGGGGGCUAUCUUGAUGAUGACACUGCUUCACAAGCUAGCAGUAAUUUUAGUGGAAUGAGUGCAUACACCACUGGAUCUAGAAGAGGUUCGAGCACUUCCACCUCCUACAGCACGUCCACCAAGGGAAGAGGUCGUCAACGGAACAGGGGAAAGAUUAGAGCUGGAAGCCCUGAUGAGGAGACGGCUUUAGUUGAGCAUUUGAAGGGGAUGUCCCUGGCCGAAGGAGCAAAAUGUGAGCUUAAAUCAUUGUUGAUUUGCCUUGUGAUACUCGGGGAGGAAGACAAUGCAAGGAAACUGCAACGCACUGCUGAGAAGUUUCAGCUGACUCAAACUGCAGCAGUGAAGUUGGCUGACGAUUUGAUACCUGUUGACAACAUCGACGAGCAGGCGUUCAAUCUGGACAGUUACAUUCAAAAUGUGCAGAAAGAAGUGCAGAACUCGGAUGCUUUUUCCUGGAAAUCGAAAAUACUGGGCUGAUGGAAUGAGAUUUUUGUCGUUGGCGAAGGAAGAUAUUGAUGCUCAUCUAUCAAGACUCAAGAGCCAUGAAAGUGAAGAUAGACAACCCAAGGUUUAUCUCGUCUCUAUUUGUCGUUUUUUAGGCCCAGUUUUUGGUUAUUUGAACAAAACUGAAAUACACAAUACAUUUGUUUCUGAUUAGCGUUCACGUCGCAGGGAAAUCCACUUCUAUUUAAUCUU